AGCUGAGCCAAUGAGAUCGAGGCGACGGCGCAGCGAGAUUAGCGUGCAGCCUGUAUAAGAGGCGUCCACGCGCCUGCGCACAUCAUUCGCUGUCGCUGUUUCCCAGGAAGCCGUGAGGAUGCCCGAACCCGCCAAGUCUGCGCCCAAGAAGGGCUCCAAGAAAGCCGUGACCAAGACGGCCGGCAAGGGAGGCAAGAAGAAGAGAAAGACCAGGAAGGAGAGCUACGCCAUCUACGUGUACAAGGUGCUGAAGCAGGUCCACCCCGAUACCGGCAUCUCGUCCAAGGCCAUGAGCAUCAUGAACUCGUUCGUCAACGACAUCUUCGAGCGCAUCGCCUCCGAGGCGUCCCGCCUGGCUCACUACAACAAGCGCUCCACCAUCACCUCCAGGGAGAUCCAGACGGCCGUGCGCCUCCUGCUGCCCGGAGAGCUGGCCAAGCACGCCGUGUCCGAGGGCACCAAGGCGGUCACCAAGUACACCAGCUCCAAGUGAAGCUGCCGCUUCCCACCAACAACAAAGGCCCUUUUAAGGGCCACACAAAUGGACCUGGGAGAAAAGCCUGUCUGAUCAGAACCAUCACUUGUGUUGACUUCAUUUCGGUUCAAAUGUGUCAAAUAAAAGGUUUAAUAAUCCAUUAGUUACCGUUGGCCCUGCUUCAUGUGGACAGCAGGUUUUCAACAGACCAACUUCACACGUCAGGUUUUAAGCUGGACAGUUUCCAACUCUGCUGGCCUUAAGCUUUGUCAACGUUUAUUUAUUCAUGUAAUUUCUACGAUAUUGGAGCUUUUUACACCCACCCUGAUUGAAAGAUCUCCACAUUUUGAUCCACCUUUGCACAUGUUGACCUCCUUUGUGGAUUAAGGCCCAAGCAGAUUUAGACAGGG